AUGAGCUCGCUUCCUUCUGCCAAGCCGGCAGAGCCUUCUGGCGAUGCAGAGCGGCCCGCUUACGACGUGACCUACGACGAGGAUGAGCUGCCUGUUCCUGACGGAAUCGCGGAGGUCAACGAGGCCCAGCUCGAGGCCAACGGCGAGUCGUUGAAUCUCGACAUGUCUAAGGCAAACAGUCAGGUUUGGCUGGUCAAGCUGCCGCCAGGACUCGCAGAUAUCUGGAAAAACGACAAAACGCUUGCUGGUCGCCAGCUGGGCAACAUCAAAAUCCAACAGGGCGUUUCUCCAGCCAAAAUUAUGCUUGAACUCAACGACCAUCUCCCGGAACACAAGAAAAUAGACAAAGAAUACGAGCUCAAGAUGAUCAAGCAUGUGGUGGAAAACGAGUACGCCUUCAGCGAGGCCGAAUUGACCCAGUUUAAGAGCCAGGCAGAGACCAGAACAGAAUUGGCCCAGAUGCCAGAUCAACCAACGCUGAACCCGUUGGACGGAGAAGAUGUUGAGGAGCCUGCUCAGUGGUCGACGGCCAAAGCGCCUACACGGACGUCGUACAUUCCAGGGUCGCGGGCGUAUGAUGAUGACGAGACCGACGAGGCCAAGAAGUUUCUGCCGUUUGCGAAAACGAUUCCUAAAAAGACUGCUCUGGUGGGUAAGGUUGUUCACGAGUGUCAGGUGAUACCAACCAAGUUGUCGACAAACAACCGGUUGAAGUUGAUGGAACAGAAGCGGAGACUGGCCCAGAUGGUGAAGAGAAAGACCAUCACGUACAUGAAAGAUGCAAACGCAGGAGUUCUACAAGGCAGAACAGGGCCAAACCUGCAGAUCGGGUCGACGAUCCAACUUUCGCGGGAGCUGGCUGCCAAGAAAGAGCAACAACGGCUGGAGGGCCGUGCUUCGCGUAUGAACAGAGACCAGUUGAUGAAGGUGCUGUUCAAUCUGUUCAACGAGUACGAGUACUGGACACUGAAGGGAAUAAGAGAAAAGACGAACCAGCCAGAGGCAUAUUUGAAGGAUUGUUUGGAGAACAUUGCCGUUAUGGAACGCAAGGGAACCUACGCCUUGAAGUACCGGCUGAAGGACGAGUAUAAGAAGAGCAGAGAGGUUGAAAGAAAAGAGAAGCAAGGAUUUGGAGAUUUGGAAUUGGACGACAAGAACGACCAGGAUGAUGACGAUGACGAUGAUGACGAUAUCGAGAUGGAAGACAUUGCCUGA